UUGCGCCAAACCGAAACUUGGCAAGCAGAAACAGAAAGUUAGCUGUUUUGCUACACUGCAAGCGAGAGAUGAGAAACAUUUCUGCGAACAAAAGCGACUGUGUUUUAUUUAAGGUUGGAACAAGCACUCCCUCUGGUCAAAACCUAGCAAGUUUCUUUAGACUGAAGCGUUUGGUGAUGUGGUGGCUCACUUUAAUUCAACGAGCAGCGAGACAGCCGAUCGCAGCUACCCGGUUUAUUUUUCGAUUCGGCAAGUCGUUUUUGUUCACCAUUUUCUCAUUUGUGUUACGCAUUAUCGGCAUUGGUCCCUGUGAAAACAUCGUUUCUGUGGGAUUAGUCAAUCAGGGAGCCACAUGCUUUCUGAACACAUUACUACAAACAUGGUUCAUGAUCCCGGAAGUUAAAGAUAUCAUUUACAGGUCAAAUUCAAAUGUGGCAUUUGUACGUGAAUUACAAAAGCUGUUCAAUAAAAUGGAAAGCAAAGAAGAAAAGUGCUUAAGGACGAAUGAGUUGACCAUGAGCUUGCAACUGAAUGUCUUUGAACAGCUUGAUAUUGAAGAAUAUUUUCGCAAUCUGAUUAACAAACUGAAUGCUGAAGUAGACCAAGGCCAUAACAUUCUGGAGCUUUAUCAGAUCGUAAUGGUUCAAUCUAUGAAGUGUUCAACAUGUACACAACCUGUUAUGGAUGAUUGUUUUUUUCUGGACCUGCCAUUAUCCAUUUAUACAGCUGACUCUUCAGAAAUAAAAAGUCUAGAAGUCGCUCUCCAAGAGUUUCUGAAGGUUGUUACCUUGGAUAAUGACAAUGCACCUUACUGCAACACCUGUGACAAAAAGACUAAAACAGAAACACGAUACUAUUUUAAACAGUUGCCUCAACUUCUCACAUUUCAAAUAAAACGAUUUGGAGUUGUCAGCAACGGGAUGUAUUACCAGAAAAUUCAUCUUCAGAUUUCUAUUCCGUGGACUUUGCAAUUUAACAAAUCUCUGGAUAAUGACAAUGAAUGGUGUUUCACAUCAACAACCACCAACGUAAGAAAUGAAUGGGGACAAAAUGGAAAAGCCGUAGAUCCUAAAAUCAAAACACGAACUGCGAGAGCUACUCAACAAGAGGAAAGGUAUGAGUUGUUUGCAAUAUGGCACCACAUUGGGGGAUAUGGGAGUGGUCACUAUUAUGCUGAAAUCAAAUGUGGAGAUAGUUGGAAUAUCUUUAACGAUGAAAAGAUUAAAAAGAAACAGAAGAAGGAAAAUCCUUUGAGGUCAGAAACCGCCUACCUGAUUAUGUACAGAAGAAAAAAUGGUGAGGAGCAAGAUAAUAGUUCUCAGAACUAUUGAAGUAUUUUGGGGACAGACACUGCUUAUCAUCGUCAGAAUAUAAACCAGUACUGUUUGGAGAGCUAAAUCGAUACACCCAGCAAUCAUAUCCAAAAUGUUGGAAGCAGCCAAGGUUCACAGAAGAAAACAUUCACAUUUUAGCAAUCAUAGUCUGAAACCCCUCUGUGAUGGCAUGCUGAAACUUUGAGUUGUAAUGCAAUAUUGUGUGUGCCUUGUGUAUGGCAGCUGUUGUAAUUCAGUUUAUAAAUAGGUGGUUGUACUCACUUGUUAUCAUGUAAUAUAUCUGCUGUCAUCAGCCCAAUUUAACCGCUUUAAUAAUGUCCAUUAACUGUUCUGCAGUGUCCCAGCUGUUAAUACAAAAUGAAGGUAUUUCUGUGGGACAUUGAUAGUAAUGUACAGUUUAAGGCUACUUUCAAAGUAACAUAUUGAUUAUAUGAAAAGGUUUUAUUUUACGCAAAACAAGUAACCAGUUCAGUUUUUGUUUAUUAUUUUCAUUAUUCCAUAAUUGUGUAGUACUUAUUAUAUUUUUCACAUUUUGAUUCAGGUUACUGUUUACAUUUCCUGAUUCAUAUUUCGUCUUAAAAUGUAUGAAUAGCUUUUAUGCUACACCCACCAACAAAAAGCAACCAUGAAAUAAAUUUGUAACAGUGCCAAUUAUGUGAAGAUUACGACUGUCCUCCAGAUUUGUGUAUUUUUUUUUCAGUUUGCCUUUUUAUAAAAGCUGUAAUUGAAACGUCUAAUAAAAAUAUCAAGUGUGAAGACUAA